AGCAGAGGACGACAGAGGCAGCGAUUGGGCUGAGGGGGUGGGCUGAUCCGACAGUUAGUAAGUGAUCCAUUUAGACAUUUUAUGUAAAUAAAAUUAGAAUUUAGAGUUUCCAACGCAAAUCGAGAUUCGGCUUAAUAUCUGCUUACACUACGAUGAUGCCCUCAGAUCGUGAUGACUUCCAGGCAAUCCUCAACUUACUUGAAUGUGAAAUAUGCAAUAGACCUACAAGUCCUCCUAUUGUUAUGUGCGAAAUCGGACAUCACAUAUGCCAUGUUUGCAGACCCAACAUGCAGACAUGUCACACCUGCAGGUCCGAUAUCACUCAACUAAGGAACGACUUCGCUGAAUUUGUAUCGAACUUGAUAAUGUGCACAUGUCGAUACUCGAAAUACGGGUGUCGAGAACAAGUGAAUCACGAUCAGCGAUCGCAGCACGAAGAUGUUUGCCCCUACUUGCCUAUAGAGUGCCUCGCAGGGAAAGGUGAGAAACAAGUGAGCAAAUGUGGCUGGAAAGGAAUGAAAAGCGAGCUCUUGGAACAUGUUCGUUCUGUGCACGGCGCGGAAAUGAUUCGUCUGGGUCAGGCGGUGGAAGGCAUAGAGUGCGGUGGGUUUGACAGAACCUCUGUCAAGGUCACGUUGGUGUGCGCGGUCGGAGAUCUGUUCUGGCUGACUGCAAAAAAUGACAUGGAGAAUAACACGCGCCUGGAAGUUGUUCAGUAUAUUGGAUCUAAGAGGAAAGCCGAACAAUUUCAAUAUAAACAUGAACUUACAUCUCUUGACGGAAAUACUGUCAUCUCUUUCCUCAGCUCAACGAUAAACUGCUUUGAAGACAUCGGUACGGUUCUAGACUCUAACCUCUGCUUACAUAUAGACAUUAAUUUUUUCAAGAAAUUAUUUGUCGAUAUUAAUAAACAUGUGCCUUGGUACAAACUUACAAUUCAGAAAGCCACGAAUUAAUAGGAUUCUAAGUGCACUGAGAUUUUUUAUUUUUCUAGCCCAGACACGUUUUAAAAUCACUGAAAAUCAUACUCAUUACCAAUCUGUAACCUUCUGAAUGUCGGUGAUUCUGUUUUUUAUAUUCACAAGGAACAAAACUGAUUGUACUUUAUAUUGAAAACGAAUUUAUUGUACUUUUAAGAUUUUUGGACGCGCUGUUUAAAUAAAAAUUUAAUGCACAUGCAGAGAAAUUUUAUGAAACUGUUGGCAGAGGUUUGAAAAUUGCUCAAGUUAUUUAGAUAAUGGUGGUAACAUUGUUUUAUACGUAACUUUGGACGUGACAUACAAACUUAUGUAAAAUUAAGUUUUUUACUAAUGUUUAUCGUACUUUAUUAAUCGUAAUGCUGUAGUAAUUAUAAAAUCUGUUUUAAAAAGUGUGUAAUUCCGGUUAAACUCAUGAUACUUAUAGGCUGUAGACAUUGCGCUCUGACCGAACGACAGCUGUUUUAAAAGCUCAUGAAUCUGCAUUGUAAGAGCUACCUUCUCAAAAUAAAAUUUAAUAAAGAUCAUGGAAAAUAAAUAAGGUUGAUUCAAAGAAAGAAAUCCCACGCUAUCUGCAAUUGGUAGCUGAACGCAGUUGAGUGAUCUGCCGUUGUGCACUCCAUUUUGAAUAUUAUUAGCUGACAUUUUAAACAGAUUUCGUGAAUGUGUGUUCAUUAUUGAUUUUAUUUUGUUAUAAACUAUAAGAUUUUCCGUGGACUUUGAAUGUGAGAAUAUAUUUCAUAUUAUGUAAGUGUAUGUACGCCUAAUCAUUUACAGAAAUAAUUCUGUCUUCUUCAGGGCGAUAUACCUAAAGCUGGUGCCAAGAAUGGUAAUUGGUUAACUACGUACGUAGAUCAGUAAUUCCUGAGAAGGUUAUAGUUGAU